AUGAAUUUCUUAUCUUUGAAUAUCAGAGGUUUGAGAGGGGGUGAAAAGGAAGCCUGGGUCAAGGACAUCAAAUCCAAACACGGGCUGAAUUUUUUAGCUCUCCAAGAAACUAAGGUUGGUAACACGGAAGGGAAAAUUAAAGGGAGUGGGGAGGAACUAAAUGUUUUAAAUAUUUAUGCCCCGCAAGGGGUCUCAGCCAAGAAAGUUCUUUGGGAGGCUAUCGAGGCUGAGAUUGGCAGGAGCUCUGGUUUGGGGAUCUUGUUGGGGGAUUUUAACGCCGUGCGGUCCCCAGAUGAGAGGAGAAACUCCGCUUUUAAAGCCCCUUGCGCCAGGAAUUUUAAUGCUUUUAUACAUAAUAUGGGUUUUGUUGAGUAUAACAUGACAGGGAAACAAUUCACUUGCAGUCGUGAUAACGGCAAGAAACUUAGCAAGAUUGAUCGGUUGCUUGUGAGUCAUAACUUCUUUAGCAAAUGGCCAACGGCGUGUCUUAGAGCUCUUCCUUGGCUAUUCUCGGAUCACUGUCCGCUUAUGUUGACUACAGUUGAAAAUAUUUUUGGGCCCAAACCAUUCAGGGUUUUUAAUUCUUUGAUAGGAAAAAACGGGGUCGAGGAGGUGGUUAAAGGGGCUACGGAGUCGUUUCAUGAUUCGGGUCCUGCUGAUUCGGUCCUGUCUAAAAAGAUGGCUUUUAUCAAGGACCACAUUAAAAAAUGGAGGGAUGACAUGUUAUUGAAAGAAAGAGAAGCCGAGAUCAAAGCUCUAGAGGAAAUUGAAAUUCUUGAAGAAGCCCUGGAAGAGAGAGAGAGAGCUUGA